GUUCCCCAAGAUGCUGCAGGUGCCGCUGCCGCUGGACCGGGAUGGGAUCCUGUUCCGGCUGCGUUUCACCACGCUGGCCCUGGGCACCGUGUUCUGCCCCCUCUUUGGGUUCCUCUUCUGCGUGAUCUGGUCCCUCCUCUUCCACUUCCAUGAGACGACUGCAACCCACUGCGGGGUGCCCAACUACCUGCCGUCCAUCAGCGCGGCCAUCGGGGGCGAGACCCCGCAGCGCUACGUGUGGCGCCUGUGCAUCGGGCUGCACUCGGCCCCCCGCUUCCUCGUGGCCGUGGCCUACUGGAACCACUACCAGAGCUGCCACUGCUCCCACCCCCGCUACCUGCGCCUGUGCCACUGCACCCUGCUGCUCAACCUGCUGGAGAACGUCGCCCUGCUCGUCCUCACCUACGUGUCCUCCUCCGAGAACUAUGCAAUCCAUGAAAAUGCCUUCAUUGUGUUCAUCUCGUCGGCCCUGGGCCACAUGCUGCUCACCUGCAUCCUCUGGAGAAUGACUAAGAAACACACAGUAAGUCCCGAGGAGCGCAAGUCGUACAAGUGGAAGCAGCUGCUCUUCUUCUUCACCUUCAUCACGUUCGCGUUCGCCGUGUGUGUGUAUUUCCACCACAACUGGUACUGCGGGCCCGGAGUGUACACCGUCUUCGCCUUCCUGGAGUACCUGGUUGUCCUCUCCAACAUGGCCUUCCACAUGACUGCCUUCUGGGACUUCGGCAACAAGGAGCUGGUGGUGAGCUCGCUGCUGGAGGACAAGCACUUCUAGCCAGCCCUGCUGCUGGGAACUGCUCUUCCUGGGGGAGGCAGAGAGCCCCUUCCCUCUCCUGCUGGGGCAGGGUGUUUGCUGUGGAGCCGCUGCAAGGCUCCUCCCGGGAUCAUGGGCCCCCCAGGGAUC